AUGUCUCGUAUAAACAGUAAAGAUAAACGCAGAGUUAGUAAUGUUCGAAAACGUGCGCAUGCAGAAAACAAUAGUACUACUACUAGUGAACAAGAAGAAACCCAACUUAAUGCUAAAAGUUCAAAUAAUCCGAGUUACGUAUGGCAUCACUUUACGGUUUUAGAAGAUAAGGUUUAUGCUCAAUGCCAAAUAUGUGAUAGAAAAGGAAAAAGUGUAAAGUAUGUAUUUCAUGGCACCACAAGCAAUAUGAUAUAUCAUUUAGAAAAUGAACAUGGAAUCACGAAAAAAAAUCCUACAGGCAAUGUGGAAGAUGGAAAUAUUGAAGAUUUUUUUGAAGUUGCUCAUGGGAAGGCUGCCCGCAAAAAACAACCAAUUAUUGAAAUCGCCAUGUUAACUUGGAUGAUUGAUGACUGUCAACCACUUUAUCUUUUGCGGUCUCAAUCUUUUAAAUCAUUUAUGGAAGUAGCAUUGCCUGAAUUCAAAGUUCCAAGUGAUGAUAAAGUACGACGUAUGAUUAUCAAUGCAUAUACCCAAUCGACUAGGCAACUUACAGAAUUAUUACAAGAUACUUAUUCUGUUAGUAUUACUACAGAUCUGUGGUCUUCACGUAAUGAUGAACCAUAUAUUGGAGUUACAGCCGGAUGGAUAGAUUCUAAAGAUUGGUCAUUAAAAGAAGCGUUACUAGCUUGCGAAAAAAUUAAUGGAAAACAUACAGGCGAAAAUAUUAAAAAUGCUUUAGAGAAAGUAAUUGAACGGUUUCAACUUAAGCGAAAAUUAAUUGCCGCCACCACUGAUAAUGGCAAGAAUGUUGUAAAAGCUAUCCGAUUAAUGAAAACUUCACAUGUGCCAUGUGCUGCUCACACACUUCAUUUAAGUGUAACUAAAGGUCUCAAUGCUACUGGUGCAUUCAAGAAACGUGUUACAAAUCUUAUUUUAUUUUUUAAUGGUAGUCCUAAAAAUACAGAAAAUCUUAGAGAUGCGCAAUGCAAGUUAAACUACCAAAAGGUGUAUGAAGUUCUUUUGGAUGUUCGAACCCGUUGGAACUCGACGUAUAUUGCAUGGAAACGUUUACUUGAACUAAAAAAUGCUAUACUUUACCUUGUUACUAUUUUAAAAAUUUCUUCAGAGAAGGAUGAUAAAGAUGACGCUGACUAUUUGGAACAAAUUAAUUUGACAGAAUUAGAAUGGAGGUAA